AUGGCUGGCUCUGGAGAUGAGUGCUGGGAGGUGGUCGGCGAGUGCCUUGACAGCGUUGACCCUUCCAGGGCGGCCUACGACAAGAUUGAGAGCAACCCGAUGAAGGCAUGCACCGUCCAGGUGCAGGACAAGGAGUUGUUCUUCUUUCUCCAGCCUCGGGAAGCGUUGCCGAAGGAGGAAAGCAGGCUGUGUGCAUCUAACCUCGCUGGACGGUGCAACACCUGCAUGCACCGCAUGCCAAAGUUCGCGCAAGCUAUAGGCGAGGGUGGCAAAUUCAUCGCGUUCCAGCAAGAUGUCAAGGAGCCGAAUGUUCAGAAGCUGCGUGAGAUGCGCCAGAAGCACUUGAAGGGGAUCCAGAGCGCAUCCCAAUUCAAUGUUGUCGUGAUUGAUGAGGAUUUUGUCAAGGAGUAUCCCGUGAGCGUUGGGCCCUUCAACCAUGUGCACUUCACGUUCAACGAUCUCUCGGACGCCAGCCUUUCUCGGAGGCUGAAAGAACUCAAGCUGUACCUGAACGGCUCCUUUGAAAAUCGAUUCCAGCGCUUGGUGGAUGACCCUGCCUCCUUGAAAGUCAUCCAGGAUGCAAUUCCCCGUCUGGUUCGCCCCGAUCACUGGCGGGCGGUGGUCGGAUGGGCAGUGAACUUUGUUGCCGAAGCUCACGGCAAGGGCUGGGACCAACUUGCCUUCCACGAGAAGUUCCAUGUGAUGAUCUACGCGAUGCUCACUGGACGAGCUCAUGGUAAUGUCCAUUUGGACAUGCAGCAGGCCAGCAAUCUGGUGGACUUCAUGGACAGCGCCACCAACGUGGAUGGCCUCGUGGCCAUGAUGGAUGACCGAAGCAACCCAGAAACGUACAUGGUCUCGCGCGUGGCCGAGCUGCUGCGGGACAAGCAAGUGAAGUCGUUGUGCACAGUGACGCUUGUCUGGGGUCUUGAUGGCAACCCUCGUCAGUCAGACCUUGACCUGCACACCUGGGUCAAAGGCAAGGAGCUCUACUACGCGAAUAAGAAGGUCGAAAACUGCUGCUUGGACUUUGAUGCAAACGCCUCUAAAGUGGAGACGAACCCAGCAGAGAACAUCUCGCUGAAUCAGGUGGGCACGUUCAUAAUCAAGGUGAACAACUACAACAACCGUGACAACGCCGACGUUCCAUUCAAGGUCAUCGUGCGAAAGUCUGGCCAGGAGGUCGAGGUUCACGAAGUUGUCUGGCCAAAAAGCCGCGCCAAGGGAACCCUCAUGGAAGUCUGCAGAGUUACGGUGGUGCCCGAGGAUCUCGCCGAGAAGCCCGUGGACCUGUCUGAGGCAGAACAGCGGAAGCUUGCCGCCAAGGAGGCAGAGUGGUUGCAGCUCUUUGGCGAGCCUACGUCGACUCUGGCCUGUGAGCGCGACCUCGACAUGAAGGUGAAGUCGAGGAAGUCGCCUCAGGAAGGAGGCUAUCCCAGCGCUCCCACUCCGCAGCAGCAGUUCUCCCAACUCCUGGCUCCGAAGGCCGGCAAGAAGGGCUCGACCUUAGCAGAGCGCUGCCAGCUCGAAACUUUGGAGGGAUUCAUCCAGCAUGUGACUCAGCUGACGCAGCGGGAGUGCAGCGUGGAGGUGGACAUUCGGAACUUCGUGCCUGGAUAUAUCACGCAGCUUGAGACCAAAACGGACCUCUUGCAUAGCAAGUUUGCUGUCAACGCCUUUCAUCGAAAGUACGAGUUGCCACAGCAGCCCCGCACAGAUGAGCAGUCAACUGCCAGGUUUGACGAGACCUGGAGCUUGCCUUCCACGGCAAGGGUGCAUGGCUUCGUGCAGGUGAACAAGAUCUGGUUCAUGGUCCUGGCGGGCGCGCGACUUCCCAACUCCAGCAACUGGCCGUUGGCUGGCGGCAUGUACCCGACUAACCUGAAACCAGAGGCCCACCAUCACCGCAGCAAGUGGGCAAGCUUUCACUCGCUCUCGAUGCCAAUUGUGCCCCCAAAAGGCCAGUUGUUGAUUGGCUCAGCGCUUGUUGGCUUUCCAAGCUUCCAGUUCAAGCUGGAUGGGCGCCAGGUCACUGUCAGAGCAUAG